AUGUUCGAUGAGCCACUGAGCUCCGCCAAGUUCAAUUUUAGAGAAUUUCUUGGCUGCACCAACGUCUCUCUGACAAGGAGAGAGAUGAGAAAAUGCAAGAAAGGAGUGCAGAAGAUGAUCGCAGCUCUCGGUCAAGGAGUAUCUGCAGCUCAUUAUCACUGUCAAGAACAGUUCAAGUACGAACGUUGGAACUGCACGGCGCCGCAAGGCCAGAGACAACCAUUUGGCAACAUAGUCGAUUACAACACGGCCGAAAGUGCGUACGUGUAUGCUAUCACAGCAGCUGCUGUCACCUACUCCAUCAUCCAAGUCUGCGACAAACGCGACGCGAAUCCGAUAUGCGGAUGCAAUAAGACGGAAACGUCUUGGCUCAGCAGCCUCGCCUUUCCUAAACUUUGCCCUACGGCGCUUGAAAGAGGUAUGAUGAUUGCGAGACGAUUUAUUGACGAGAUGGCAGAGGUUUCUGAAAGUGGGAGGCAGGCGGAACGACGGAUGAUCAACCAUCACAACAACUUGGCUGGAUGGAAGGCCGUCAACAACAGCAUAGUAACCGUUUGUCGGUGCUGGGGACUCGUGCAAACGCCUGACUGUCUCAUCAAGGCUUGUUACAAGAAACUGAAACACUUCAAAGAAGUUGCAGCCUACCUCAAAUUGCAUUACAAUACAGCAGUAAGAGUCAGAGCCAACCGACAAGGAACCGUACUGAGAAACCACGAUUUGAACUCCUACCCGUUCACCGAUGGCGACUUCGUCUACCGCCAGAAAACACCAAAUCUUUGUCAGCGCCAUCUAAAUCAAGGCCUGUUGGGCGUACGUGGGCGAGAAUGCAGCACCGACGUACAGCAUCCGACAUACUGCAACACUUUCUGUUGCAACUUUGGAUACCGCACUCAAUAUCCUCUUCUGCGCAAUCUUCUUGAGGAGAACUCUGGAGGACUAGGCUGA